AUUGAUUAAUAAUUAUUAAUUAAUAGUGAUUUUAAUUAUUAUUUUGUUAGGAAAAUAUAUAAUGUGUCUAAGUAACUAAUUUUAAUAUUUUAUAAAUCUUCACUGUUAUAGUUGAUUUACGCCAAUGAAAUCAAAAUGUCAUCGCUUUUGAAGGUGUUGACAUCAUCGGUAGCAUAUAUAAAUAGGAACGGUUGCCUCAAAAAAGAUUUACAUGUGAAUAUGUGAUCCUUUCAUCAUUCUAUUAAUUUCGUCGUUCCUUUAAUAUAUUAUUUCAAUUAUUUAUACGCACUAAAUAAAAUAUAUCAGAAAACAUAUUCGAAUUGUUAAACAUCUCAUGGAUUGACACCUCUAAAAGUUUUAAGCUCAUUAAUUUCCUGCGUUGAGUUGAGGCUAUCAAUAAAAUCAUAACAAAAUCGCUGUAAACAAAGCCAAUGAUAACGUGAGGACAAACAAAAACCAAACAUAUUUGCCUAUAACUAUUGCUAAUAUUUUUUAUUAUUUUAAUAAAAAUUAGUUUUCUGUAAACAGCUAAAAGUUUCUUUCAAAAUGGUUUUUCAAUCAAACAAUAGAAAAAAAGGUCAAUGACUGUUAUAGUCAGUUUUCUUAAAAACUCUUCUAAGUUACGAACAUAAUAUCCCUCUUUUAAAUGUGGUCGGUUAAGUUAAUUGUCAUUAUUCCGUUUAAAUAUUCUCUAUUACAAUACGAGGACUUCAAUCUCAUUACAGGGCACGUUACCAAGAAUUAAGAGUACAAAGCGUAUCCAAAAAAAAAAAAAUUCGAUACCCGAAAAAUUAAACUUGUCUAAUUAAAGACCGACAAGUAAAUAUCAAAAUCUCUUUGAUGUACUUUCGUUUGUAAUUAAUUUUCUAAGCUUCGUGACACAUUCGCUUGCCACUCGUGAAUCGAACCGGACGACUCGAAAUGAGAGCAAAAACGGAAUUCGAAAAGACGAUAAAGUUAACCAAAACCGCGUUGUUUCUAUCCGGAAUAAACAUAUUCUUGGGAGAAUGGAACCAUUGGACGCGAACAUUUGUGGAUUCAAUUGCAUAUUACCUAAACAUAGUUGGCUUAUACUUCGUUUUGAUUGGCGAAAUGUAUUGGUUGAUCGACGGCACAAUAACUGGCAAAAGUUUCGUGGAAUUAUCGCUGAUCGUGCCAUGCCUUACCAUAAGUGUAUUAGCCACAGCAAAAGUACACUAUUUGUAUCACAACAAAGAAUCAUUGUUAGACGUAGUCGAUAAAUUAAGAGAGAUUUACCCGGAUGAGAUCGAAGAAACUGCCAAUGACAAUGAUCAAUGUCUUAAUGAUAAAAAAGAAACGGUAUACGAUAAUGACGUAACUGAAGUAGGAAUAGUAAACGAAGCGAAUGAAUUAUUGAAAUUCGUGAAUUUUCUGCUUUCGACUGUGAGUUUUGUGGUCACGAUGACAUUUUGUACGAUGCCCUUGUUCGGGAUGGCCGGUGAAUUCAUGGAAACGGGAAAAUUUGUGGUCUUAUACCCGUUCGCCGUCAAAUACCCUUUUGACGUGUACAACACAUCGUUUUGGGUUAUUGUCUAUGUCAACCAAUUUUGGGCGACUAUAAUUGUCUGCACGAACAUCUUUGGCGUGGAUACUCUAUUUUAUGCUUUGUGCAGCUACAUCGGAAUGAAUUUCAGGCUAUUGAGUUACAAAUUCGAGCAUUUAGAAAUCAAACGCAACGACAGAAUAAUUAACGAGAUAAUAGUACUGAUUAAAAGACAUCAGGAAUUAAUAGAGUUGGUCAACAAAACGCAGUCUUUAUAUUCUCUGUCCACUCUAUUUAACAUCGUGACGAGUUCUUUACUGAUAUGCCUCAGCGGAUUCAAUAUCACGGUGAGUUUGAAAUUUUCUCUUUUAGAAAGGAAGGAUAGCUUGGAUGCCUUUCCGAUUUCUCCAGGAGGACAGGGAUUCGGUAUCAGCUGCCCGAGCGCCUCCGAGGGAGACCUAACAACUCAAGAGAAGCUACUUCACGAAUCCCUCUAAAGUUUUACCGUCUUCUAACGAAGACGACGGUCAUUGGACCCACUUGACACAUAAACUGACACUUGAAACCAUAAUUUCAAUACAAGUACCCUUAGAACUAUUUAAAUGAGGUUAGGUACCCAAAAUAGCGUAAUGGUAUGAUGUUUUUGAUAUUUCCUUACACGUCAUUACGGAUCCUCCCGAUCCAUUAGCGGUGCUUUUAGGUACCACAAGCACCGGUCACCGUCAUCGUCGAACCCGUCGCUCGCGAUGAAGGGCUCGACGAGUGAACUAACCCAUAGACACAGCCAGCUGAGUUUCUCGCCGGAUCUUUUCAGAGGGUCGCGAUUUCGAUCCGGAAGUUGGCAGAGCCUUCGCUUGCCCACCUGUCCUGGUGAAACUGGAGAGGCCGCCGAGCCACCAGUAAUCCGUCAAUCAUAAAAAAAAGAUCAAUAUUCAUUGACAUCGCUUAAUAAAGACCCAAGUCACAGUAAGCAGUAGUAGUGGUAAAAUCUUGGGAAGCGACUCGGUAAGCGCUUUGAAAACGCAUUAAUGGUUGGACGAAAUUGUAGUCAAGUCAUCAAAUGCGUCCACAAUGGAGGUAUACCACUCACGCAUCCCGACAACCUCAUACAGUAUUAGUGGCACCACCCUACAACAAGUUCUAAACAGAUAUCGUUUUCUCGCAUUAAAACUGUAUAAAGAUAAAUAUGAAAAUGCUCGGAAUUAAAUAAAAAUAACAAUUUUGUUUUUCCUUUGAUAUACCCCCCCCCCUCCGUCGGACGGAUUCCUUUUGUUUGUUUUAAGAUUAUUUUAUAUAAAAGCUUAGGUCUUGUAUUUGAGUCGACUAUUAUCAAAGGCGGCAAUCUGACUUUUGGACAAUGAUUGGUAAAUCAGAAAAACGAAUUAUUGACUUUGUAUUCCAUUGGCAGUCACAAAACUCUUCGGAACGACAUCUUAGAUAAAUAACAGGUUAACUAUUAACCUUUAUUUAAUGCAGGUUUUGAACCAUAUUCUUUGAAGGAGACGAUUAUAUUCAAAUAAAUCUGUAUUGACAUAUCAAUAAAAAAUUUUUGUCCAAAUGUACAGAUUGCCACCUUUGAUAAUAGACGACUCAUUUAUCGAUUAAGGCACUACGAAGUCUGCCGGGUCAGCUAGUUUUUAAUAUUAAUUAUCUUUGCAAAAUUUAUUUUUAAUUUUUUACCAGUUACAUUAUCUGUAUGUAUUAAUUUUGUUAAUAGUACUCAAAAUAUAUGUAAACAAAAAAAAAAUAACUAAACUACGCUCUUUUGACAGUAUUUAUGAGAAAAAUUCUGGCGAUACCAAAUGAUUCCGCAUAUUAAUUCAAUUUCGAAUAUUUUUGGAAAUUGUACACUUUUAAUGCGAAAAGACGAUAUGUUGUUCACAGAGAGACAGAGUUCUAAACAGAUGUUUUGUUAUAAUUUCAGAUACUGAGCAGAUCUUGGUCGUACUUCGCUCUGCUGAAGACUAUUUACAGUUAAACUGAAUAUAUAAAUAAAGCAUAUUACUAAUAAAACUUAGCAUUUU